CCCUAACUCCGAUGAGCCCUCAUCGGGCUACCCCCCCUGGGUUAGGACCUCGGACAUAUAUAGGGUAACCGUUGAUGGGCAACUAGCGUGAACUGAAGGAGUUCCAGGAGUGCCGAACAAACGAAGGUUCUUGCGGAUGGUUGAUACAGACCGCCUAUCGCAUCCCACGCUUAUCGCUUUCUGAGACGAGGUGAAUUUUCUGCUACGUAUCAUAUGAACAAUUUUUGUACGCUUUAAGGGCUUCAGGCGUCGUGCCAUUUUGCAGCAGAUGCAUGAAUCAGAGACGUCGGUGUGAUGUCGUCUCGAGUUCAGCUUCCGUAGACACGCAAACACAUCAAACACAUCAAACAAUCAACGAUUUCUUGUCUUAGGCUGCAUCGGCUAACUAACUAAUAAGAGUUCAGCUUGGCCAGGCCGUCAACGCCAACCAAUUUUGAUUAGAGCAAACAUGUCAAACCACCUGGCUGCCCCUUACAAUUCAAUCUCCUGCUGCCUCAGGCUUCAAUUGGAAAGCGGGGUAGCUCCAGGUGCAGGUCAUGGAGACUCGCAAGACAAAGCUUGGCGUGGACCAUCCUGACACGCUGAGGAGUCACCUGGACCACUUUCAAGAUGCCUAGAAACAUUGAUUCUUGGCAGCGUAAGCUAAUUAUAUAGCUUGAUUGCUAUCCGUAUUAGCAUGAUCCUAACUAAUGGAUUGAGCUAGAAUCGGAUAUUCAUUAUAGCAGUUUUGUUCAAUGCGGUGUUCUUCGAAAUCUUUUCCAAUUAAUUCACAACGAGGAUUAGCUGGCUAUGAUAUUAUUUUUUUAAAUAAUAUGGGCUGUUGGUUUCAGCUCCACCAAACCGCAGGACCUGAGCCAAUCAACAAGCCGCACAAAGGCUCACAGCACUAGAUUCGGCAAAUAGGCAACGCAUGACGAGCUGAGUCCUGCCUUGGAUUUGCUUACUCUCCCAUUUGCUGGCUGGCCUUUUUCAGCCAGCCACAACCUAAACUCUACAGUAAAUUCUUAUCGUGGCUAGCGAUACGACCAUGGUGAAAAGCUCAGCUGAGGGAAUUUACGCCUUCAGCCGCCGGGUGGAGGCUUUUGGUCAUAUGACGCCCACAGGAAAGAAUAUUUAAAAGCUGGACGUUUUGGCGCACUUUCAAGUGAAGCCCAAACACUGUAUAGCAGGAAAAAAUCAAUCAUCAUGCCAUUCACCGAAGGGACGAGAGUCAUAUAUCCUACUGAGAACGGAAGUGGUAGUGUCGGCACCGUCAAAAGCUUCGAGAAUGGGAUAUACCGUGUCGAAGCAAAAGAUGGCAAGGCUGUUGAACUUGAAGAGGCGAAAGUAAAGGAGUUUAAAGCGGGGGAUUUUAAGCCCCAAGAAUCGGGAUUUAAGCACAAGGGCGCGAUGCUCGGCGGUUUCGGGUUUUAGGCAGAAAAGACCGUAUCUGAUUAGUACUGUAAAGGCGGUGUGAUGAUAGACAGCUUCUGCUUGCUAGCGACUUUUGGCUCUUAUUAUAGCGUUGCGGGUAGAUUCGGAGGCUGCUUCCGAAGCCUUGAUUCCUCAGUAAGGGCCGUACGAAGGCUCAAAGCCAAGGACAAGGUCGCGAUAGUUCAGUUGUCAGAAUUUGGCGGAAGGCAGGAAAGAUGUGUGUGAGGUUGAAAAGCGUGGUUGAUCUGCCACUUAACGUAAUUCACGGUCGGUCCGAUCACCACGGUCUGUCCGAUCACCCACCAAAAAUCAUCGCGCGUUCAACGCGUAAUUAUUCAACCACCAACCAUGCCACGAAAACCGCGUCAAUCUCGUCGAAGUUUAGCUAAGCAAGAGGGGAGGAUUCAACUUGUAAUACAAGCUUUAAAAAAGGGCGAAAUUCUGAGUAUUUAUUAAGUAAUAGAAGUUUUUAAUAUACCCU